AUGGUUGCCCGUUUAUGCCGAGUUUUGCCUUGCAAAAACUCGCUAAUGAGAAGAUACGCUAGCCAAAGCACUGGGUCGGGCUCAGAAUCUCUCCAGGAGCCUUCCUGGCCCAAAAAUAGCCAUCCCACUCCUUACGAAGUGUUUGGUAUUCCCCCAGGACAAGUAGACGCCCGGACGUUGAAGAAAAGGUACCAUGCAAUGGCGAAAAUGUACCAUCCAGAUAUCGCCAGCGGCGUCAACGUGCUGCAGGACAGCGCAUCCAAAAGUCACCACAGCUACCAAAUCGACGAGUCGACGAUUUUGUCCACUCAGGACCGGCAGAGCCGUUUCCAAGUGGUGAGCGAGGCUUACGAACUUUUGAGGGAUUCACGCAAGAAAAGCUCUUACGAUCGUUUUAGAACUGGCUGGAUGUACGCGCCUGCCUCCGUCAGAAACGCAGCAUACUCUUCAGCUGCAGCUACAGCCCACGGCUACCACAACAACCACAACUACGAAUACUGGAACGCUGGAACCUGGGAAGACGUGAAUAGGAUGAACGAUUCCAACCCGGACAAAAAACUGUCGAUGUGGGUGGUAGUUGCGUGGAUGUGCGGGCUGUUGGUGUGUGUGCAGUGCACGGCUUUGCUGACGCGCAUCGAGGAAACCCUCACCAAAACCCACUUCACACACGACGAGACCGAGCAUGACCUACUACAGGCCUACGUGAACUACGGUCUCGAUACCGACAAAUGGUCGAGACUAAGACGAUUUUUGUGGUUUAGAACCUAUGGAAUAUAUCGGUCCAAGGACGAUCUUGACAGAGAGGCACAGAAAAACGAAAAGAUUGUGCAAGAGCUCAGGUGUAAGGAAGCCCGCAGUCGCUAA